GUUGCAUUGUGAUCGAAUUGGUAAACGUAGUUAUUCCCAACUUGACGGGCAACUUCUGCUGGAAUUAUCGAUCAGGCCUCUGACGUAGCUAAACAAACGGUCGAGAGCGCGUAAUCGUUUCGAUUCACUGGCGAAAGCGUGCCCCUGUUAGUAAUAAGAGUGCCACAGUGUGGUCUGCCAAUAAUGCUGUCACGUCAGACGCGAUCAACGAGAGUCAGAGUGAAGUUCGCGACGAUGCAUCUUGAACAAUCCAUCGAGGAAACGAGAUUCCUGUGAGAAGCCUUCGCAUGGACAAAUGGCUCCAAGAUAGAAAGCUCUGGCUUUUCGGUAGCACGCUACCCUUGCUACCACGCAGGUCGCGCGCGCCGAGCAAGGCGAUGGAAAGGUACGAACGGCUGGCACGGCUUGGGGAGGGUAGCUAUGGUGUCGUCUUCCAGUGCAGGGAUCGGCAAACUGGAAAAUUGGUAGCUGUGAAAAAGUUCCAACAGACAGAGGAUGAUCCCCUCAUACGGAAGAUCGCGCUGCGUGAAAUACGCCUCCUUAAGAACCUCAAACACCCGAAUCUUGUUAAUCUUUUGGAAGUCUUCAGACGGAAACGGAAGUUACAUUUAGUCUUCGAAUACUGCGAGUACACUUUGUUGAACGAGAUGGAAAGAUAUCCAAACGGAUGUCCAGAAAUCACCACGAAGCAACUCACGUGGCAAAUUCUACAAGGCGUAGCGUAUUGUCAUCGAUUAGGUUGCGUGCAUAGGGAUGUGAAACCUGAGAACAUCCUAAUAACGGCCGAUGGAGUGGUGAAAUUGUGCGAUUUUGGUUUCGCGCGAAUGCUCAGCCCUGGUGAAAACUACACGGAAUACGUCGCAACUAGGUGGUACAGGGCGCCCGAAUUGCUGGUCGGCGAUACCCAGUAUGGGACACCGGUCGACGUAUGGGCAAUCGGCUGUGUCUUCGCAGAAUUAAUACGGGGGGAAGCACUCUGGCCAGGAAAAUCAGACGUGGAUCAACUGUACUUAAUUCGAAGGAGUGUGGGCGACCUGUUGCCAAGGCAUAUGGCAAUUUUCCAACAAAAUGAAUUUUUUGCUGGCAUCACCUUACCAGCACCUCAAACUUUCACCCCCCUCGAAGACGCUUUACCAAAUAGAGGCAAUACUGCUCUACAGCUUGACUUCCUUAAAAAAUGUCUGGACAAAGACCCAGAUCAGAGAUGGUCAUGCGAGCAACUCCUUCAACAUCAAUAUUUUGAGAACUUUCACUUCAAAAUGCCUGAGGCCGAAAUGGAAGAAUUCGAAAAGCUUAAGAAAUACCGAGAUCGUUCAAGAAAUAGUAACUACAGUCAAAUGGUAUUACCCCAACUUCCUAAGCCUGGUGCUUCAGUACAUAGUCAAAGUGAAAAUCGGCCGAAAAGCUCCUCCAUGCAUCAUCAGCAGGACUUCGAUCACCUGCCUACUAUUAAAGGUUGUAAUUAAGCUCCUCUGUGAUUGUAAUAUACUUAUUUAUAUACAUACAUAUAUAUUUAUUUAAACUUUAUAAAUAUUCAUUAUAAUUAUUAUUAAUACCUUUUAUUUAUACUUGCACGUUUGUCUUUGAGCUCAUAAAGAGAUUUUGUUCUUUAGCAUGAUUUCCAUGUAUACAUAUCUAUUGUAUGUACAUUG